UAGUAGUUUUUUUAUUUCAAAAUACAUUUACAGUCAAAGUCAGAAUCAUGCAAUCGCUUAUUUAUAAUAAAUAAUGCUUGAUUUCCAGAAUGUUGUGGACUUUGUUACUUCUAUCCUUUACUCGUGCAGAAAGAGCAGGAAUUCAGCAAUGUUCAUCUGAAGUUUUCGGACCCAGCGGACCAUCAUCUGGAGGCACGGCUUCAACAAAUGAGAGUUACCUGAUGCAGGACGCGUUGUUCCAGUUCACGUGCUGCGGGGUCCUCAAGGAGGUUGUGUUUAUGGGAAAUCCCACUGCUGGGCUCAAUCUCCAGAUAUGGCGGCAGAACGGCUCUGCAGAAUUCCAGCUCAUUAGCUCAAACAUAUACACGACUCCCAGUCCAGUGACUCCCGAUGAUGAUAAAAAAGUGUCAUUUCGCGAAGGGGACCUGAUCGGAUGGUCGGGAUCUGGUGUCGAGUACGUCACCGACACGACUGUAUACUUAAACUGGUACUCCGGAAGCGCCGUCAGCACUACUCACGCCUGGUAUGGCGAGGAUGUUGAGCCCAACCGACUAUUUCAGGUCAAGGUCACUGCUGAGCAAUCGACGAUACCAUACUUUAGAAAUCUACCAACGAAACUUCAACUGAGAGACACCGAGGUUCAAACAGGAGGGGUGACCCUGAUGACCCUGUCUUUCAAUGACCUUGACCCGGAUGAUAACGAUGGAAUAACCGUUACAAUGGCGCCUGAAUGGAGUGACCUGUUUGAAUUGACCGCUUCCGACGUAGUUCAGACAAAAGCUAGCCUGGCGGUAGACACAGAGUAUCUGGUCGUGUUUCGGGUGGAGGAGGCGCAUUGCGGUCUGACCGCUUCCAGUACACUGACCGUCAUCGUUACAGACAGCGUGCCGUAUAUUACGAACCUGCCGUCAUGGACGACGUUGCAUGAGGACGCCGAGGACGAGACGCUUCUGUACACAGUAACAAUGUCCGACCCCACCGACCAGCCCAUGUGGUGCAAGGGAGACUGGAGCAAUAUUGGUCAGCCCCCCUCCGACACGCCCUUUAUCGUCAAGAUGAUAUCAACCGCAGCUGGCUACUCAAGGGCUGGGAUUUACCUUAUUGAAGACCCGAAACUGGACUUUACCGAGAAAUCCACCUACACACUCACCAUUAAGUGUUACGACACGAAUAAAAACGAGGCGACCGGGACAUUUUACGUUAACGUGCUGGAAAACAGGGAACCGAUAUUCACCAACCUAGAUAACAUGGUUGAAAUAGACGCUACACUGUCGAUCAUCGGAGACACCAUAUUCACCAUCUCCACCACGGACGACGAAAACGACCAAAGAACGUUUGGCAGCGUUUCUCCAUCAUGCGACAAAUCGUCUUGUCCCUUCGCCAUAUUUGACUCGGGUGAGGUGCGGGUGACGGAUCGGCUGCUAACCUUUUUGGUCGAUUCUCCGUACACACUAACCAUCGCCGCCACCGACCGCCGUGCCACGAUCACCGAGCGCAAACUUAAGAUAUACAUCAAGAACAAUAAUACGAAGCCCAAAUUCUCCAAUGCCGGAGUUAUGAUUGACGUGAAUGAAAACAGCGCGUUGGGCAAGUCCGUCUACCAGCUGUCGGCAACCGACGACGACGGCGACACGUUAUCUUAUUACUGGUCCAUACAACAGUCAGUCGGAUACCAGUUGUUUGAAAUCUCUUCAAGCGGAGAAAUUACCACACACUCCUCUAACAAUAUCGACUUCGAUGUUCUCACUUCAACCACAUUGCUAUUGAACGUUGAGAUAAUUGUGUAUGACACAAAGGAACAAGCAACGGACACUUUAACUAUCAACAUCGUGAACGUCAACGAGGCACCAACGUUUAUCCAGAAAUACUACAUGCUGACGGGAAAAGAAGGCGCCGCUGGUACGUUUUCUGAGGCUCCGGUUGUAUCAGCAGUUGAUCCCGACGACAGCGACACAUUGACCUACAGCAUGGACUGUGGAUCAUACAGCAGCUACCUCACUAUCGCCGCUGAUGCGACGACGGUUAGUUUCCUGUCGGAGUACGACCUAGACGACGCCGCCGCCAACCUGCCCACGCUCCUCGUGUGCUCCCUCGUGGUUAAAGACGCUUCAGAUUACAACGACACGGCUAGUAUCUACAUCACCAUCGAAUAUGACAACGACAACUCGCCAGUGUUUGACCCUGCCUCCUACCAGAUCACAGUGCGCUCCGACACACCGCUAGGAUUCAUGGUCCUUAUGGUAACGGCGACAGAUGCUGACCGCGGUGAUGAUAUCCCAUUGAAGAUGACGUUGGACCAGUCUCAUCUGGGCGGCACGUAUUUCGUCAUUGACACGGAUGGGUCCAUACACGCCAACCAAAAUCUUACGGAUACGAAGGAAUUGGGCACAAAGACGAUAGAAGUACAGGCGGAGGACCCGGGUGGGAACACUGCAACGGCUGACAUCAUAAUGACGUUCGUGGACGCCUCUGUUACCCCCGUGGUCGUCGACGACAGAGACAGGACGUUUAUAGAGGAUUACCGAAACGUGUGGUGGGUGUCCCUGUGUGUCGUGACUCUUACUGGAUGCGUCUUCCUCCUCCUGUGUAUGGCCGCCCGCCGGUACCUCAGGCGCACACAGCCGCUCAUAGACAUCAACAAGUUCUUCAUCAAAUUUAAACGCGAGCGGAAGCCAGAACCCGAAACAUUCAAGAAGAAGAAAUACGGAGGACAAAAACAGCCCACAUACCGCCACAUACACAGCAACGAGAUACUGGUUGCGUCCCCGACCCCCGUCGAAACAACCGACAACCUGUCAAUGCGGGUCAACAGCGCUCAGAGCGGGCGGAUUUCCGUAUCUGAUGUUAAAGUCAAAGAAGAUAAGACAAAAAAGAAAGUAAAGACUGAACCAUCAUGGAUGGAUGGGACAUCUACACCUUCGGCCGCCAAGGCGCCGGUGAAAUCGAUUGCGCAUGCGCGUUUGGAAGACUGGGAGUAUCUCAACCCCCAUCGGUCGACAAAGCCGGGCAAUACGAGCGUCCCAUACACGCCCUCCGAGUACAUCGCCUCCUCCAAAAAUGCAGGUAAUGGAGGUACCAAGCCGACCACAGGGGAGGGGAACAGCAAUGGAAAGAAAAGCAGCCUGAUGAAGUCACGGGUGCGUGUAUCUCCGUCCCCGGGGCCCCUUGACCACACAAUGGACCUUAACGACGACAACGACUUCCGGUCAAAGCGCCUUUCCAUGACGUCCCCAAGUGCCGACGAAGUCCAAAAACGCCACUGAUAUUUAAAAUUGAAAACAACAACAUUUCAAUCAGAGACUAAUUUGGGUUUUAAAAAAUUACAUCUGACAAAAUUGCGUGGCGUUCUUUUUCAGAGAGUACGCCAAUACAUACAUUUUUAUUAUUAUGCUGCUGAUUGAAAAUUGCGUAUGCUUAUCUUAAAACGCUUCAGUUUUUCCAUUAUAGAUCUCAAAAUACUUAAAUUAGGAAAAUCUGAAAUGGUGAUAUGAUAUUAACAAAUAUGAUAUACAUGUAUCGGAUCUAACUUUACAACGCUCACUAAAUUGUUUAUUAAUUUAGCCUCGGCAAUGUUCUCAGAGCUCAGAGCUCAAACAUGUAUAUGACUUUUAUCAUGUUGUUAAAUUCUAUCAUUGUUCUUAUCUAGAAUAAACUGGAUUGAGUCAUAGGAAUUGUCGGCCUUUGUUGUAGUGCAUGUAUCUUUGACCUGGUUCUUCUGCAUGCGUUCGUCAAAUGAUUUUACUUGUUAAGCUGUGUUACAACGACCAGACUGUUACGAUUAAAUGAAAUAAAAUGUUGGAAUACG